CCAACGCCACCGCCACCACCAUCACAACCACCCUCAGCCACUGUUCCAACACCAGCUAUUGCGGCAGCAGCAGCUGCGCUUGCAGCCAAUGUGGAUGCCUCGUCCGCUCAACAACUCGCUCACAUGUUCCCAUCGCCAAAGACAGUUCUAGUGGGUCCAUUGUGUACAAGUCUCUACCCUCAAGCGCAGGCAACGUCACCGACACCAUCAAGAAAGCGGCCCGCCGCCUGUGUGAACGAUGCAGCCUCAGCGGUGUACGCACCGUUAUUUACAACACCCUCGAUGCUCGUCUAUGGUGGGCACCUUGACUCCUCCGCUGCAGCCACCGCCGCCGCCGCCGCCGCCUAUCAUCUCGGGGCUCAGCCAGUUAGCCCGGCUAAUCCAUUGGCUGUCAUGGUACUCUGUGAAAGCAGGCGAUUGCAAAAUCUCCUCUAUUUGUUCAACGGUCCCCCUUCACCUGUUUGGAUGCUUAUUGUGAAGACCUGA